ACCGAAGGCACAAACAGACUGAAGCGCUUCAUCAGACCUCUAUAUCAACUGAUCGAGCAAAAUUAGCUCCAUAGUGAGGAGAAAAAUCAUUUAUCCUUGCUCUGUCCAAGAAUUUAUGAAAGUGAUAGCCACCUUGCAGCGGAGAAAUUUUGAUGAUUCUACACGCAACCUUAUGGGAACAUAAUUCAAAUUCAACAUGUUUAGGUUUUCAAGAGAUGGUUCCACGUCAGAUAUGGUUAGCUGGAGUUCGUCUAGCGAUGCCCCGUCUCCAGAUGCCGACUGCAUCAGCACUGGCACGGCCAGUGAAACCUCAAGAGACAUGAUGGACUUAGACGAGUUUCUCGUUACGCACGCAGGUAGAACUUCACAAGAGCAGAGCCACUCGACGAAUGACCAACUGCAUUCAUCCGGGGAUCGGCUCACCGACCUGUUAAACUCAAUUCAACGGAGGCAGGCUGAGCAGUUGACUUGCGACUCGUGGUCUCCGAGUGAGUUUUUCGACGGCAGAAACAUUUAUCGCCAGCGGCGAAAACCAAGGACGUAUAAGUACAACCCGAAGCCGGUAAUACAAAAAGGAAAUCGAAGUUUUGUGCCAGAAACAUUGAAAGACGAAGAAUACUGGGAGCGACGGCAAAGAAACAAUUUAGCUGCAAAGAAGUCGCGCGAAGAUCGAAGGAGAAAAGAGCUAGAAGUACUUGAUAAGCUGGCAUCUCUUGAGAAAUCAAACAAUGAACUUUCGUCGAAGGUCUCUGAACUUGAAAAGCGAAAUCAAUAUCUAGAAGAGCGUUUAAGGCAAUUCGAAAGUGGCGACGGUGCAACUGACCAGUGGGGAGACAUCAUCGUUGUUGACCAGCCUUGACGUGUAGACAUGAACAAUUUUAGCAUCAACUCGGACAAUCUUUGUGCGUUGAAAACGUGCAUAUGGAGACAAAUUCUGACUUCAGCUGCAUACUUUAUCGUCAUUGUCAUCAUUAAUACAAAUGAAAAGCAUAAGGUAUGCUUAGGUGUUAUGGUUAACUUUGAGCAAAUUGUUUACAAUUCCUCUAACCGAACGCCGUACUAACUGCAAUAGACAGCAUGCGCUAACACUUGUCAUGCAAGGAGAUUUUGCCUUAACUCUUUCUUCCCAAACUUUUUACAUAUUGAAAUUUCAAGCCACUGGGGGGUAAAUGUCACUUUUUAUGAUAGGUAAUUAAUUCACUGUUGUUGUGAUGCUCUCAGGCUUAAAGCUAGACCGUCCGAAAACCCACUGGUAUUUUGAAGUUCUUGCUGAAAGUCCUCAUUUAGCCAUAAUGCUCACACAGCCAAUGUCGUUUUUGUCUUCCUGAUAAUUUAAUGUAAAAAAAUGUAUAAAAUUCAAGACAAAGUUUGCAGUAAUGUCCUCUGCAAAAACAAACCCACUUAAGCAAGGAAGAAAACCUACACAUGAUUUUUGUUUCUUUUUCUUUCUUUCCUUGUUUUUACUUCUCUUUAUCUUGCUUUUUUAUCAUCUCCUUGUAUUACUAUGUAUAAGGAUAACUCAUUGUAAAUUACUUGUAACAUAAUUUGAUUCAGGUCAUCCUGUUUAAAUGUUGUAGUGUGUAAAGUUGCUAAACUGGAAUUUGUAUAUAGAAGUAGGAAUAAAGCAGUUGUUGGUAUGAGUAAUGAACCAGGCUCAAGCUUUGCUUUGUAAAUAAUGUCGUAUCAAAUGUAAUUGAA